GCACCAAGACAUGGUCAGUGGGGCCCUUGGAACCCAGCCAGCUGGGAAGAGGCACAAUGUUCCAAUGGUUAUAAGACCAGAAGUAGAAACUGUGACAACCCAGCCCCAGCUCAUGGUGGACUUGACUGUUCUGGCAAUCGUUAUGUCACCAUAGACUGUAACGAGUGUAGCCAUGGCAACGGGGGAUGCGAACAAUUAUGCGUUAACUACGAUGGUACCUACUCAUGUCGUUGCAACCCUGGUUACAAAAUUUCUCCAAGAAACUGGAAAAAAUGUGAUAGUACGUGGUUUUUCUUUCAUACUUUGAAUGAAGAAUAUAAAUUGAAUGAGCCUUCCUUACUGAAAGACACAAAAAAAUAAAAUUGCAAGCUUUUCCAGACUUAUUUCUAAGAGGGGAAUCAGUGCCUGUAUUAGAGGAGUAUGAUAAAAGAAUAAAAUUAUUCAGGCGGGAUCACGGAUUACCCCUUUUUUUCAAGAUAAUUUGCUAAGCAUGGCAUUUUGCAAUGAUCCCUCUCUGUGCUUUAUUACAUUACCUACAGGCUAUUUAUGAAGUAGAGUCGCAUAGAUAUUAGAAUAAAAAAAGAUCAUGCUUACUUCAUAAAAUCACUCUGGAAUCUUUCAAUUUAAACUGCUUACAGGAAUUACCUGUGACACCAGUGAGUGGUCAGCUCCCAGCCAUGGACAGAUAUCUGCACAAUGUGCAGGUCAGUUACAGGUGGUUUCUGGGACGCGUUGCGAGGUCAACUGUGAUGAUGGGUAUGAACUAAGUGGCCAUUCAAAUUCUGUUUGUGGCAUUGAUGGGGAAUGGGAUCCAAGGACAACAGCAAACUGUAAAGGUAAACGCUAGAUCAAUAGCUACGUAAUUAAUUUGUUAAGUGACGAUAUUAUAAGUAAAAAAAUAUGUCAAGACGAUACUUGAAUGAACCAAUGAAGAAGUGAGAGGCUAAAUAAAUGAAUGAACACAGGGGAAAAGCAGUAAGAACCAAAGGGUGAAUUGAUAAAUGGAGCAAUGAAUGAUUGGAAAGUUAUUGUUAAAUGCAAAAUAUUUUCAUUCGUGUUUCCAUAACAUAGUGACCAGAAGUACUGCGAUACAACCCCAAGUAACAUUUUCUAAACAAUAUGCUUGCACAUUUUUAAGCCUAAUGAUGUAAGGGGAGCCGUUGUGUAACUUAUCUCGGAGCAAAUGAAUAAAGGGGUAAGUUUCUAGAGAAACUGUGGUGCUGCGUCGGUGGGAGAGUAUAGCAGGUAAUUUUAAUGUUAACAACUUAGUUGAAAACGUAAAUUAGCCACCGUAGAGGGUAAAAAGCUGACGUUUCGAGCGUUAGCUCUUCAUCAGAGCGAUUGAAACGUCAGCUUUUUUACCCUCUGCAGUGGCUAAUUUACGUUUUCAACUAAGUUGUUAACACUAAAUUACCUGCUUAUCUCAGGGCAGCCAAGCAAUGCACCCGGCAGGGCUGAACACGAACUUAUCAAUUCAGGUACUGGUCUCAAUCAAAAGGUCAGUAUUUCUUGAGGGAUGAGUCUAGGAAUAAAAGGGAACUGAAAAAGUGAAUGCAAAAGGCCCCUCCCAUCCUAUAAAAGGAAACGUAAACAAACGGGCAAACAAGGAAAGAGAAAUUGAAAGCAAACAAGCAUUAGAGAAGUAAAGGCCCCUUCCCCGUGAAAAGGCAAGGAAAAAAAACGAGAACAAAAGUAAAACAAAAUCGAAAGCGAAGCAUCACAAAACUUUGAUGUUUCGAAAUGUAAUACUAUAAAUUGCUGAUGUCAUGAAUAUAUUUUCAUUUUAGUACAUCAGUGUCCACCACUAACUGAACCGGUUAAUGGGCAAAUUACUCCUUACAUAUGCAAAACCAAGCCUCUGCAUGGCGAGACGUGUCUACAUGAAUGUAAGCCAGGAUUCAGAGUCGUUGGCCCCAGCUCAAGCAAGUGCGACAAUGGACAUUGGAGAAAUGUAGGGUUCUAUUGUCAAGGUAAGCUUAAGGUACAAUGGGAUUUGUCACAAUGGGAUUUGUCACAAGUGGGUAACUUAUAGAAUGACAAGUGUUUAGCACAUAAUUGCACGGGAUUCUGGGUUAAAAAUGUCAUAAAAGAGUUAUUAAAAUGAAUGAUUGGUCUCUCUUCUGUUAUAUCUUCGCGGGUUUUGUGUCAACGUGUCUUGAGUGAAUUUUGCAUUUACGCUUAACCGAUGAUGGACACCCACUGAAACGAUUUAGCGAAGCCUCGUAUCUUAUUUCCAAGACGUUUGGAUCAGAAUGGGAAGGGUUGGUCGAUUAUCUGUUUUUUAUUUAAUAAAGGACAAGGUCCAAAAUGUUUGAUUAAAAGUGCAACUUACACCAAACGGGGCUCAUUGCAAGUUCAAAAAUUACUUUUCAAAUUUUUGGCUGUUCUCUCAUAGAUCAUGAAGCCCCUUCAUUUGGUGAAACAUGCCCAUCUGCACGAAGUGUUUUUGCUGACGAAGGAAAAACGUCGGCCACAAUAAGCUGGGAACCAGUCAUAGCCACUGAUAAUGAUCAGGCCAUCGUGUCUGUGUCUCCUCAAGUGACAUCUCCGCACAUAUUUUCUGAGGGGAACCAUUCGAUAACCUUCACUGCCACAGAUCUAUUUCGGAACGCGAAGUUUUGUCACUUUCAAGUUAAUGUUCAAGGUAUUUGUGGGCUCCAUGCCAAAAUCAGAAUUUAGCUGACAUACUGAAUCUUACGUAAGUGCAUAAUUAGUUGGGUAAUUUCUCUUUUGUUAUAUUUGGAUCAUGGUAAGUAAAAAUUUGAUAUUGUCAGGACACUGUUCACGCUGAGUCUAGAUAAGCUAAUUGAGGAUUAUCUUGCCAUUCAAGGCUGGAGUAGGCUGGGUGUCUCCGUAUGAUCUUCUCUUAGCACCAUCGUAUUGAACGUAUGUCACUUGUGACGACUUUUAAUGAUCAAUUGUUUGAAAUGUAAAGAAUCGUCGCGAUACCUUUCACAACUAUUCGUUUGCAUCAGGUCACAAAUGGUGUCGUAUUUUGGAUUCAGACGAGAGAGCUUUUCUGUGUUUUAUUUGACUGAUGUUCAAUAAAACGGUAAACUAAGAGGAAAACUGCAAGAAAAAAACAACGACAACAAAGGAUGACUUCCCUUUUCCCUUUUUCAAACUUGUUUGGAAAGGGAAACUACCUUAAGCGCAAUAGUAGAUUAGGUUGCUUAAGUCUACUAAGUCGUUUUUUGAGGACGGUGCAGUUUUUUUAGGACUGACUAUGGCUACUUACUUUCCACAUUUUAUUAAAAGAAGCACCCAUUUAAUGCUUAUAUUUUACCGGCUUCCCUUUGCUACUUUGAUGCUGCCUUGUAUUCGUACAUGCAAAUUCUCAUGAGCAACUACUGACUGGGUCUCAAAGGAAUUCCAUUUAGUUUCUACACUUGAUUGAGAGAAACAAUCUCUCUGAGCCUUUUUUUUACUAGCUCUCUUUUUAUUACUUUUAAGUACUUCGAUGCCCCGUUCUACUCGCCCCUGCAAACGGAAGACUGGAGAAUGCCGCCUGUGGAAACUUGUACGGCAGCACCUGCCGCUUAACGUGUAAUAAAGGAUACGAAAUAAAAGGACCUAAGGAAAUAAAAUGUGAGAAAAAACCUGGGACGAAUACAGUGCACUGGACGGGAAAUGGUACUCACUGUGAAGGUAGAAAACCAUAUGACUUCAUUGUUCAGUCAACUUAAACAGAAUGCGGAGAAAUGUGGUUCUCGGCCACCACCAUCAUAAAAGGCUGUCUAUCAAGGUGAAAAGUCGAAAGAGACGAUAUUUAUAAGGAUGACAACGACGAUGGCGACAAGAACGACAACUAUGAUAAUUGAGAACAAUUCUCAACUGUCCAAUAAAAACAAAUUAAAUAAGACGUUGUUGUACCACCAGCAUAAAGUGCGAUUUUUUUUAAAAGAAUACGUUUCAGCUGUGCACGUUUAAUAAUAAAAAGAUAAAAAAGGCCAAUACAGAGCAGGGUGUAAGGAAUCGGGCGGGCACCGGACACGAGAAAAGAGCGUCAGAAAAGAACGUAAGAAAACACGAAUACAUAUGGCAUGAAAGAAGAAAUUGGAAUAUACUCUGAACACUAUAUAAUGAAAAAUACACCAAAUUUCAACCGAAUCAUGGAAUUUCGUCUUCGAUUUUGAAUGAAAAAUGUCCCUUGAUUAAUCCAGUUUUUCAUUGCAGCUCUUCAAUGCUCUGCUCUGGAUAAUCCAGGUAACGCAGUCAAAUCAGGUUAUGGUUGUACUGGCGCAUCCUCUAUCUAUGGUACUUCCUGUUUCUUUUCUUGCAUGAUGGGAUACCACGCUGUGGGCGGAUCGCUGAAACGAACAUGUCUGCAGAAUGGGAAAUGGAGUGGAACCAAGCUUCAGUGUGAAGGUAAAAAAGGGAUGAUUCCUUGAAUUGAGAAAUCUCAUUUCGUGUAUUUUUCUGGUAGCGGGGCUGACGUAGUUGUGAGAGGACUCACAUUACAUUCCACCACCGUGGCUUGGGUUCGAUUCCCCGACCUGGCGCAAAUGUGGAUUGAGUUUUUUGAUGGUUAUAAUCCUUGCUCCGAGGGUUCGUCUCCAGGGCCUCCGGUUUUCCUCACUCCGCAAAAACCAACAUUCCAAAUUCCUGGUCGACCAAGGAAAAUAACCUAUGACGCAUCUCUGUUAACAAACCACUUAUUUUUUAUUCUAGCUAUCACCUGCCCACCGUUUUCCAUUCAAUCAGAAGGACUAAUUAUCGGCCCGGCAUCCUGUACCAAUGCAACUGCUGUUCUAAAUUAUAACUCAGAGUGCUGGUUCUCCUGUAAGAGUGGAUAUCUACAGGGUGGGCCUGGAAUCAAGACUUGCAAUCAGAACAACGAUUGGUCUCCUCUAGGAAAUCCUUCUUGUAAAGGUUUGUCUUCAUUAGCAAUUUUCUUUCAAAGGUGAACACAAUUUAACGACCUUCGACAAGAUAUUUAAACCAACAUUGUGCAACAGCGCACUCAUAUCAGUUCCAGUGUAACGAGCUUGGAGUAAAGUAAAUGCCAAAGACGACAAAAAAGAGUCAUCCUUAAUUAUUGUGACUACAAUAAACAUACAUACAACAUGCAAAUUUCAACAAAGGAGAAACAAACCUGUUUAUUGCUACUAUUCCUUUUUUUCGCAGGGCAGCAGUUUGUUGAAUACCCUCUCCAAUUAAAGGAAAAUCUUAAACCAUCGAGUUCCUCUAUGAUCAUUAAUCACUUUGAGAGUCGAGCAGCAUGCAAAACUGAAAUCAAACAGUUUUAUUUGAAUACCAACAACUGCAUUGCGAACAAAUAAUAUUCUUUUCAAGGAUCAAUAUCAGUAUCUGGGCAACUUCCCACCUACCACUCCCCUAACCCGAAAUUAAGCCUAACUUGUCAUUAAUUGACUGUUGUUGAGUUAAAGGAGGGGUAGGUGGGCAGUUGCCCAGAUACUGACAUUGAUCCCAUUUCAAAAGCCAAUAGCCUUUCGGGGUCUAAUUCAAAAUUAACAUUUAGAAAUAACCUUGCACCGAACAAUUUCUUCAGAGUAAAUUUUGCCUAGAAACCUAAAAAACGGGAAAAUCUAUUAGCGACUAUAAAACUACUUGAAAGCACACUAGGCUAAACGGAGAGUUUUUUCAUAACUCUUGUGCAUUAAGUAGUUUUCUCCCUUUUUGAGGAAGCUACGUUAGCUCACCUGAAGUUGACUCCACGUGUUAUUCGAUACUCUAUUUUUAUAGUUGUCUCUCUCAAAUUUGUUUAUGUUUUAUUUUGAACUGUUUUUCAGAUGUUUCCGCGCCAGUCUUUGCAGACUGCCCCGCCAACAUUGUCAUCACUGCUGAUAGAGGUGAAACGUCAGCCCAAGUGACUUGGGUCCAUCCGACGUGUACAGACAACUCUGGCCUUGUUCCAAACAUUACACAGUAUGGAAAACAACCUGGGAACACUUUUUCCGCUGGGGAACACAAUAUACGAUACUUAGCAUCUGAUAGAUCAGGGAACAUUGCCGAAUGCAGAUUCAAGAUUUUUGUUCAAGGUAAAUGUUUCUCAAAAUGGGCAGAUGUCACAAUGAUCCCUGAUAUGGUUAAAAUUGUCAGCCCUGUGGUCUGUUAUGUGUUGAUAAUAACAAAAAUAUUAAAUUUAAAAAGCUGAGAAAAGAGAGAAAGUAUCACUUUAAUCGCUCCAGUAAACCUCAGUUUUAAGACACCUACCGCUUUUUUUACCUUAACCACUCGGCAGAAAAAUGCCAAGUGGGAAAAAAUUUACUUACUAGCAGGGGAAAUUUUAAUUAUGUAAAUGUGAAAGAGUGGUACUUUUUUUACGUUGAAAGUAUAUAUGUAGUAAUACUUUAAAUCUAUGAGAAAAAAGGAAGGCACGCAAUAAAGGCGACAGACUAGGCGCACGUCUCGAUAUUAUCUUUGUGUUCGCGCCUGCCCUUCUUUUUACCCUACGCUGUUUGUUUCUUUGUUUUAGUUUUGCGGUGUUCACAUAAACUACAAGCUCCAGCGGGAGGAGGCUCGCUUUGCACCAAGGGUAAUCAGUAUGGAUCCAAAUGUUCCUUCGCUUGUCACAUUGGACACAAGAUGAUAGGCUCUGCCCUCCGGGUUUGUGAGAAGGACCAGGUGACUUCUUUGGGUUUCUGGACAGGAAACGAGACAAAAUGUGAUUGUAAGUCCAAUUCCAAAAUUAUCUUUCUUUCCGUUCGCUUUAAUCCCUUCCCCCAUCCCAAGAAAAUGGCCACUUUCUUAAAAUGGUCGGAACAUUUUUUUUGUACCUUAUAACUUUGCAAAAUCACGUUUGCAAAAAGCACGUUGCAAGUUGAAGCGAAUCAUCUAUAGUCCAAGAAAUUUAGAUAUAAAAAAUUCACAAAGUUUACUCUGACCAUAUACUUUUUUUAGUGAUCAGGUGCCCGCGUCUAAUUCCUCCCGACCACUGUACACAAUAUGGAUGUUGGCGUGGCUCUGUGGAUAACACUUAUGGUGACAAAUGUUUGUUGUACUGUGACGUCGGGUACCAGCGUGUAAAUGGUUCCACCGAGAGAAUCUGUCAAGCUAAUGGUACAUGGUCUGGAGAAGAGCCCUUCUGUGAGGGUAAGGGUGUGGAGGGGGGGGGGACAUGAGAGGCAGUGCAAAUUGAUAAACUCACAUGAUUUAAUUUGAUUUAUGAGAACAUUCACAGAUGUUUAAAAAAAAGCUUUUGUUUGUCUCGUGCGCUUUAAUCGAUUAAUUCUGCUAUGGAAGACAAAACCAUUCCGCUAUCAGUAAUCAUGCCAACAAAAAAAGAUAAAUAGCCAAAAAUAUAAUAAGCAAACAAUUAAUUUUUAUCCUUUUGCUCAUUUUUCUCAUUUUAUUUUAUUUAUCAAUAGAGAGACAGUGUCCUCCUUAUCGUAAUUGAAGCGAUUACAAGGUCUCUCAAGUCUCUCAAACAAGAUAACUCACUCCAUAAUUCUAUUUGUCAUACAUGAAAACCAGAGCGGUUUAUAAACAGCAAAGUUCUGAUGUUAUUUCUAGUAUUGAAAAUGAUGUUGACUUACUGAAUAUUCUUCUCCUAGCUGUCCGCUGUAAGUCUUUACAAGCUCCAAAGGAUGGUGAUAUCUCUCCAAGUUCUUGCACAUCGUCUCCGGAGUACGACACCACUUGUCUUUUCUCUUGCCGAAAAGGCUACAGACUGCAUGGAGAACCAAUAGCAACUUGCUUUGGAGAUGGAAGAUGGUCAAGAAACGCCACUGCAAUGUGCAGAGGUUAGAUAGCAAGAUCAUGGAAAACUUUGGCUUAGAAAAUAAUACAAGUUGUGAUCUUUUUAGGUGCCCUCACAUAUGUAUAAAAAAAACCCAAUCACAACAACAGCGAUGACAACAACAAAAAAUAUGCCAAAAAAAGAGGGGAGAAGGUCAGCGCUCAAAAAUUAUUUUUAAUUUUAAUUUAAUUCUAUCUGCAGACGUGGAAAGCCCUUCGUUUGGCUUUACCUGCCCAAGCGAUAUCAACUCGUACGCAGACAAGGAAAGAAAUUACACGCAAGUGUCCUGGCCUCCUGUUAUUGCCACUGACAACUCUGGUCUGGCACCGACUGUGACUUCGAGAGGCGUGCAAGUCAUAUACUAUAAUGGGAAGCACGAGGUUACUUACAACGCUUCUGAUGUAGCAGGAAAUUUCAAGAUCUGCAAGUUUCACAUCACCGUUGAAAGUAAGCUAUUUUAAGCUUUCCCGUGUGAUAGUAGAGUCCUAAAAAAAUGGUGAGCGAUCUUGAUGUAUCAUCGUCAAUUUGUUUUUAACAAACAGAAACGCAGUAAGACAGUAUUGAUAGCAGAAAAUGAUUUAUGAUAUGAUUGCUUCCGAACUGAUCAAGACGAACACAGACUUGAAUACAGAUUAGUUUGUUAUUAUCAGAAAGAUAAUGUAAUAUGAAUCAAGUUCAUAAAAUCUAUCAAGUCGAACAAUUUAAAUGAGAGUUUGUAAAUAAUUCUUCCUUUUGCGGUAAGUGUUUUCUCUUCCAAAGGGUAACAUAUGAAUUUUAUCAGCGUUUACCAAGAAAUCUCUCUGGUAUUUAUGUUAUUUAGUAGAAAUACUCAAAUUAAUCAGCAAUUGUUAAAACUACCCUUAACGCUUAUUUUUGUCUUUUUGUUUCAAAAGGAAAUGAUUGGGUGAUAUGUUUUGUUUUCGACCUUGGUUACCGGGUACAAAUUAUAUGUUAACUUUAAAUGCAUUCCCAUCCGUUUCCUGCCCCAACAACAAUAGACAAUUGUAUGUAAAUUGAGGAUAUGCCCAAACCAAACGAUCUAUAUUACAUUCCCUAAGAUUUCUUCCUUUUUCCAGUCUUUAGAUGUCAGACACUGCUACCUCCGCUUGAAGGAUCCUUUUUGGGAGAUUGUGACAACAUUUAUGGUUCGACGUGCAAAGUGGCUUGUAAAGAUGGUUACAACCUUGAUGGGUCUAGUGUCCUCACUUGCCUCAGGAAACCAGGUCACAUAACAGGAUAUUGGAACGGUUCUUUCCCAGUCUGCCAGGGUAAAUGAUAAGCUUAUUCCGUUAUAUGACAAAAAAGGUAUUACGUUUUAUUGAUAUUAUUCGAAUGAACAUCAAAUGAGCAUCAGAUAUCAAGGUGGACAGACACAAUCCUUUUAAAUCUGACGGAAGACUGACUACACCUCGGAUUACACCUCGCGUUAAUCGUUUUCAGUUUUCGACACAGCAACCUUAGCACAACUAAUUAAUAUUGGCCGAAGCACUGCCUUUCAAAACGAGAAUAAAUCAUACUGCAUAAAAUUUAAAAACGUUCAGUUUGUAAAUGAAAACUUUCUCGAAAAUUAAUGCUUGUCAAUAAUUAUGGAGUUACGCCGAAUCAAUCAAAAUUACAUAAGAUGAAACCAAAGAGGUCAAAUGGAAUCUACUGAGAAAGAGAAUAUUUAUCUAAAUUCAAUGAAAUGCGUAGAGUGAACGAACAUCAAGAUGAAAACCUCAAACUUUAACCCACGAUGUGUAAUCGAAAAACAUGUAAUAAAUUCCAAAACAUCAUUUGCAUUGAUUUUUCUUAGUACGGAGAUGUCCUUCUCUGAGUUCUCCAAGGUACGGCUUUAUUUACCCCCGUAUGUGCAAGUCGUCUCCAGUCAGCGGUACAGCCUGCUACUUCGAAUGCAGGAAUGGUUUCCUUGAAAAUGGUGGAGAAACUGUGGUCUAUUGUGAGAACGAUGGAAAAUGGAGCAAAAACAUAUCUUCGAUAUUAAAAUGUCUUGGUAAGCUACUUAGAUUUUUUGUUGAGGAACUGCCAUUGCGCCAUUGCCAUAACUGAUCUUGCUUUACCCUGAGGUGAUUCGUAGAAUUUAUUGAAUCUGGCUUGGUGUUUGUAGAAGACAACAAAUGGAUUCCAUUUUGCCAUGUAAUAUUUCAGUAAUAGAUCACAGACGAAGUAAAAAUGUGAUUCUUUUUUGUUGAAAAAGCAAAACUUUUUUGAAAGUGACGCCAAAAUAAAAUAUUCGUCUAUCCCUCAAAUAGAUCAUAAGUAAUAACCAAUAAAACUGCUAAUAGGAAACACUUUAUAAGUAGGAAAAGGUCACACUCAGUUGUCGUUUACUUGUUGCCAAAUAUCAGUCGUCUGUUGCAUAUUUUUGCAGAUGUGUCACCACCUGUAUUCAGGAAUUGUCCCUCAGACAUUCGUGUAAACCUCAACGCAAAUUCAACAGCAGUGGCAAACUGGACUGCUCCAGUUGCAUUGGACGACAGCAACGUGGUACCGCAACUGACAGUCUUCCCUCAGGGCAUUAAGCCGCCUCACGUGAUCAAUGAGACACUUCUGGUUGCGUACACGGCCAAGGAUCCAAGCGGCAACGUAGUCAAAUGCUCUUUUAGAAUAAUCCCAGAAGGUAAACAAUCUCCUGAAUAAUGCUGCAAUGAAAUUGAGAAGAUUUACUUGUGUGUAUUUAGCAUUUUCGUGGUUUUCUUGGCUUUCAAAAUUGCCUUAGUCUUCUGCUCACAACCCUAUUCAAUGUGUUUGGAAUUGAAAUCUUUCGUCCUGCCCACCAGAAACCUCCAAAAUAGAACCAAGAACAAGAAACUGCUCCAUCUGCGUAAUCUUACUGUGCAAAUCGUCUUGUUCCUACUGAAGGACUCUACGUAACUCAUAAAAGCAAAAGGUUGAUGUAUGGUUUUAUGUUCAAUUCCCUAGAUAAUUCGGGUCCUGUGGUCGUUUUCUGCCCUCCAAGUCAAAACAUCACAUCGGAAAAACGAAAAAUAAGCGUAACAUGGCCAGAGCCUCAGUUUAAAGACAAUAGCAACAGCCCGCUGCAAAUAACGUGCAGUCGCAAAAGUGGCACUGUCUUCUACUGGGGAAGCUAUACAGUACACUGUAUGGCAUAUGAUAACAACCCCAACAACAAGCCAGGAGUCUGCAAAUUUGAGCUUACCAUAAGACGUAAGUACCAAAUACGAUCCUUGCCUGUUGGUAUACAAUUUUUAUAUUUAAGCUACUGGUUACUAGAAAAGCGUUUUUGUUUUCAUCAGAAACUUCCUCAAUGGCAUCAGCUUAAUAAUUAAAAUCCUAUUGUUCACUCUCUUUGUGACUCCAGGUUAAGAAACAAAUUAUUAUACCAUUAUUUUAAGUUAUGGUUAGGUAUUUUUAUGAUGCCUUGGCACUAUGGAUUAGCAAACAAAGUGAGCACUUUUGAUAACUCUUGGAAGAAGAAGAAACGUGAAAACUUUGCUAUUUGUAGAUUUGAUUGGAAGAGAACAAAAUCCGUAGAGAAAACUGAAAAUAUAUGCAGUUUAAACAGUUAAUUUUAUCAUUAUCGCUAACUUGCGUGGUUAAAGAUCAAACACGUUUCAUAGGUACUUAAAGCACUCUCUUAAGAGAGAACUUGUAGGUAACAACAUAACAUUCCAAGACUUUAUGUAACUGCCAAACAAUCCCCCCCCGCCUUUUUUUCGGUUUAAGGCCUUUUUUGCUUGAGCCGUAAUUGCUACCAAAAGAUAAAGGAAAAAGAAAGAAAGUUAAUCAAAAAUAAGUAACUGUCCAUUUCCUUUCCCAGCAAAAAAAUGCAAUGAAAUGAAACCUCCGAUCAAUGGUGCUGCCUCUUGUGAUGACUGGAUGUUCGGAAGGCUUUGUACACCGAGUUGUAAUAGAAAAUUUGAUUUUAGCGAGCCUUUGUUGAACAGCGUUUGGACUUGUGGAGGAUCUGGUACCUGGACUCCUGGAUAUCGUUGGCCAGACUGCACAGGUAAGCAGCAUAUGCUAAAAAAAAUUAUAGAAAAAUAAACAAAUAAAUAAAAAAGAGGAAAAGCCGAAUAUAAUCCAAAAGAACUUAUGGAGCAGCUCACAGUAACUGCAGACUAAACAUUCUCCCAAAGUCUGAUAUGGGGAAAUAAACAUGUCGUUGGGGCUCGAGAGUACUUUGGUGGUACCAAUAUAACUUAUAUUGGCCCGCAUUAGUCCAUAUAACACUCCAAAGAGGGAAGAACGUUGUCUCUGAGUAGAAAAGUGAUUCGUUUGCGUGAAUGACAGGAGCAUACCAUUUAUCGCUCGUCAUUCCUUGAAAGGACCGGAUAUACUAACACUAGUAGAGUCUUACCGUUCAAUCCGCAAUCCCUCCAUCAAAGUGCCGACGUUUCGGGCGUUAGCCCUUCGUCAAGGCGAACGCACGAAACGUCAGCUUUUGAACUCUUUACGGUGGCCAAGGUACGUUAUCAAUGCAUUUGAUAAUGCUAAAUUACCGAAUAUGUGUUACAAUUUGUCUCAAACGAGUAUUCCGACGAACAGAGUGCCAUUCGUUGUGUAAUGGUUUGUUUCUUAAACCUUUGCAGAAAAAUCUCAUCCCAAUAGAGUAAGAAUGGCAAUGGACUUACACUACUAUGAUGGAGAUUGUAGCACAAACGAAACCCAGACUCAAAUAAAGGAACUCUUUAUAAAGAUUAUCAACACGUCUGCUUUCCGUCAAGCCUGUCAAGAUCCAUCUUUCAGAGAUAAGUGUAAAGCUGAGAACGUUGUGGUCACGUGCGGGGAGGUCGACGAGUCUGUUGGCAAUAGAAAAAGGCGUUCGACAGGUAAGUCAUGGAACUCUUUCAGGAAGGCGCUUUUAAAUUUUGUUCUUUUGUAUGAUGUUUACCUCAUCGUCAUGCAUAACAACAAUGACAUUGUCACUCUUAAGGGAGGCUUAGAAAGCCUAUUUGAAUGCACGUUACUAUGCCAACCAUAUCCAAAGGCGAAAGAUCAUCGAGGUAAAUGGCAUUAAUAUUAAUUCUCUGUCAAACUCAGUGGGUAUUCAAAAGAUGUUGAGAGAUUGCUUCAAAUUUUUGUCAAAAUCCAUGAUAAUCUCUACGGAAUAGGAUCCUUUGGGAAUGACAAAAGCUCUCAUAGGAAGAUAUGAUCAAGAUCCUACAAAUCGGAUUGUGUCUUUAUUCUGAGAAUAGAAAAGUGGGAAUUACAUCUCAUCGUUCGGUUGGCGCAAACUUGGCUUCUAACAAUCAAAAGAAGAUAAUCUAAGUUAUUUUUAAACCUUAUCGGCGAUUUUCUUUAGCUUGAAACUUGUGGUUAAGCAUCUGCAGGAGACAGAAACAUACAUCUUUUCCAAAUAAUUCUCUUAGGGAGGUGUAUAUUUUAUUUAAUAUAUCUAAUAAGUCAAAAGGAGCUUGAAAGCAAUUCAACGUGUGAAAUCAACAGGUGAUAACGAACAUUUCAGAAAAAGGCGAUCUGUUCUACAAACAACAGUCACCGUCGAGAUCAUUGGUAAGUCCAUAGACGUUAUUCACCAGCAAUAUUCCACUGAGGCAUAUGCAAAUUUUUAUGUAUUAUAUCAAAUCAUGUUGUGUGACACGAUGUGUUGUAAUAUGAUGUGAUAUAAUGUUAUAUCCGAUGUGAUGUGAUAAGUUGUGAUGCGGAGAAUGGUGCAAUGAGAUGUGAUGUGAUUUGAUGUGACAUAAAGUGACGUAAUGCGAUGUACGAGGUGACGUGAUGAGACGUGAUGUGAUGUGAUGUGAUAUGGUAUGAUGUAAUUUGAAAUGCUAUGUGACAUGAUGUAAUUAAAUGUGAUGCAAUGUAAUGUUAUGUCCGAUGCAAUAUGAUGACAUGUGAUAUGGAGAAUGAUGUAAUGAGAUGUGAUGUGAUUUGAUGUGACAUGAUGUGAUGCAAUGUGCUAUUGUGAUAUGUUGCACGAGGUGACGUGAUAAGAUGUGAUGUGGUGUGAAGAAUGGCGUAAUGUGAUGUGAUGUAAUGUAAUGCGACGUGUGAUAUGACGUGAUGUGAUGUGUGCAUGUAAUGCGACCAUUUUUUCAAGAUCGCUAAUAUCAUGUGAAACGCAUAUGAACAGGGGCGUAGCUAACCCAUAGUCCUGUGGUCUUGGGCUUGCAAAUAUUUUUCUGUCGGCUUGACUUUUAGAAUAUCACUCUUUCAAAUUUUGAAACAAAAUUGAAGUUCCAAUCAGUUUUCAGGCAUAAAACAAGUCGAAAAGCAGGCUAAGGGUGUUGGAUGGUAAAAUGCCGCAUGGGGCUUGUUGAUUUUUUUACAUAUUCCCUCCACAGCGACAGAACCCGUAACAAUUACGGACCUCGUUAGGGUAGUUUCUGAACAGUUUCAUGUCUGCUAAAAUUACGAGUGAGGGAGGGGUCGAUUAUUUAUUUAGUUUGGUUUUUCACGCUGAUGUGAUUUAGGGUUUUAGGAGUGGAAGAAUGCAAAGUAAUUUGAAUAUUUUAUCUCUCGCAGUUGAGCUUGAUGGAGUUGAAGGAAACGACACCAGCGAAGAUUACAUAAUGAUUGGAGAGGAAGGAAUGAAAGUUGCCCACAAUAUUAGCAAUCUGAUUAAACAAGCAGCUCAAAAUGGCAGCCUUCGGUUUUCAGUCAAUAGCUCAGAGUUUGUCCCUGACAUAAAAACGCUCAACAUCUCCGUCCCUCAGCAGCUUUGUUAUACUGGGCAGAUUUACAGGAAUGGAUAUUGUCGUAAGUCUCGUGCGAUUAUAAUAUGGUAUCAUUUAAUGUUUCAGUUGGGGACUUUGACACAAUUACCAAGGCCUGAGAAGUUAACUAAAAGUUAUAACAAUCUGAAUUUAUCAAUUUAGUCGAUAAAGUAAAUUGGCCAUCAUAAAGAUUUUAAAAGCUGAGGUUGCAAGCGAUAGCCCUUCGCCAAUCCCUCUGACGAAGGGCUAACGGUCUAAAUAAAUCUUGUAAAAUCAAAUUAUCUUGUAAUAAUCCCCAAAGAAGCAGCACCCUAAUUUCCCCGGGAACUUAUCACCUUUAUUCAUCUAAAAGUUAUGAUGAUAACUUGUGCUCAAAUUUCACCUUUGCUUGAUAAUACCUUGAGAUGUUGUGUUUUACCAGAGAUGAUUGCCUUCAGCGUAAGAUAUUAGAGUUUGUUAUAAAGCCCAUCAUUGUUUGUUACUGGAUUCUAUAAAUGAACGAACAACCCUCUUACUGCGUAAUUCCAUAGAUGAUGGAAAAGAUUCUAAUCUAUGAUGUCAUACUUUCGUCUCUCAGUUAACUGUAGCUCUGGAACGUUUUUGAACCAAACGACUGAAAAAUGCCAAGAUUGUCCUCACGGAACAUAUCAGGACUCUGAAGGAGAACAACAAUGUCUGUCCUGCCCAUCAGGAACCUCCACUGUAGAAUCGAGGACAGCAAACCGCUCCAGUUGUUUUGGUAAUCAUUAAUUGUUCUUUUUAGGAGCCGCCCUAAGAUGAUGGUAUUCAAAUCUGCAGUUUAGUUUGUUAAUAUCAACUAGGACCAAAAUAGCAGCGACUAACCUGAGAAGAAUCACAUGUCUCGGCCAAGGGAGUCAUCAGAUACUUAAUAUCAUCUCUCGUUCACAAAUUGAGGUGUCAAUAGUGGCAUUCCAUCGCAGAGGGUUUCUCAACAGCCUGCUAACGAGUUACAUCAGUGCAAUAGAAGAAAGUUCUAAACAAUUAUUAGAUAAGGUUUUUGUGAUAUCCAGAGUAAUCAAGGUCGAGGACGGGGGUUAUCAGCCGAAGCCGAAGGCUGAGGCUGACAACCCUUGCCGCUAUCAUUUAAGUUUGUUGUGCGCUAUCGUUAAAAUUUGUUGAUUUUCUUAAUUUCUUCACAUGCGGUCGCAGUUCUAUUUCAAAUUAACUACCAGGGUGACUUUGAUCAUGACUCCUUUCAGUUUUCAUUCUUUUUUUUUUAGAAUGAUUGAACUUUGAGCAAGCACACAACUUUUAAAACUUUUGCUUGCGCCGUUUAAUGUGUAUUUGUCGAUUGAUCUGAUUCAAUUCAGCAGGUUCCCAGUGCCUUCAAGUAAUUCUAUGUAAAUUUAUAACGGCGUUUGAUAUAAACUGUUAGGCUUAAUUUCAAGUGUUAAUAUUACUGAUGAUUACAGGAAUGGUUAUAUCAUUAUAUGAUGGCAAUAAAUAUCAAUAUUAUCAUUAUCAUUAAUUGCUUCAAUUUUUCGUUAAGCCUAUUGCAAAGCUGGUACCUACUCCCCCACGGGUCUUGAACCAUGUUUCCCAUGCGACAAGGGCUCUUACCAAAACAAGAAUGGGCAGAAAAAUUGCUUGCCAUGCGCAGCAAACCAGACGACGUCAUCUGAAGGUUCCAAUAGCUCUUUGCUGUGUGGAGGUAUUUCUAAGAAGUGAUUGAUUUGUGUGUGCUGAUUCAAGGUUUCUGUAAUGUUAUCGCUUUAGAUGGAAUUCUAUGUUUCAACCUAAAUGCUUGCCUUAAGAUUUUUCAUUGUAAAAUCAACUAAUUUUACCGUGAUUAUUUCGCAGAAUUCUCACGCCAGAGGACUGAUUUUAUGGUUUGAUUUUGCCGCAGGUUAUAAACCUUGGUUACCCUAAUCAAGCUCUUUUUAGGCAGAAAGUGCUCCAUCUUCCACUCACAUCUUUUUCUUUUACUCCUGAUCAUAAAAGUUGGAAACGGUGUCAUAAAAAUGCUGCAUUUUUUUUAUUAACCCAGGUGUCUUGCAACCCCCAUUCUCAGUUAUCUCUCGCGAAUCUUAAGUUUCUUUCAAUUCUCCAGAAAUCCCCUUCUCUUUUGAGUACAUCCACCCUACCGGAUAGAGUGCUACCUCCAUAACUUAACGACCUGAACAAAGGUAACGGUCAUCAAAAUCUCACCUAAUCAUUUAUGUUCACUUCCUUCUCACAGGACCUUGCCACCCUGGCUCGUUUUCCCCCAGUGGAUUGGCACCGUGCUCUUUAUGCGACCAGCGUUCUUUCCAGCCGCGUAAUGAAAGUCGGAUUUGUUUUCCAUGCCCAGGAACCACUAUAACAGUAUCUCCCGGAUCAAAGACCGCACAAGAUUGCAUAGGUGAGAUGACAUAAGAGGAAUUAGGUUUCUGUAUUUUUUUAAUCAUUUUAACCUACAAAAUUGAAGAUUACACGCGAUUAAUAAUGGUAAAAGGAGCGAGUGAAGUCCAUUCGGUUUGGAAGCCGAAAGAGGUGAUGCGGCUUAGCGAAAAUUGAAAUAAUUUAUGGAUCAAGAUGCCAACACCCGUUUACCAUUAUGAAAAGAGACAAAUUGUGUAAAUAAUAUAUAAAGACAUGUUUAAUACCUCUCUCAUAGAAGCAAAUAAUUAGAAAAACUAGAUUUAAAAUAUUAAUUCUUUCAAGACAAAACUUUAUCGCUAGAAAUUAACAGACAUGUAUCUGAAAAAACUUACAAAAAAAAAUUAUGAUCUACUCAUGCUACUUAAAAAGUCUUUUGCAAAAUUAAGUAAUUUCUGUUUCCUUGUGCUUGUCAUGUUUCCAUAGAAAUCAACGAAUGCGAAUCAGACCCUUGUAACAACAAUUCAACAUGUACAGACCUCAUUCGUGACUACCUGUGCUCUUGUACCUCCGGUUACACUGGAAAGCAGUGUGAGACCAACAUUGAUGAGUGUCAAGACCAACCUUGUUUCCAUAACGGCACAUGCCACGACCUUCUUGACAAUUACACCUGCAAUUGCACGCAAGGUUUCCGUGGAAUUAACUGCGAAAAGGAUAUCAACGAAUGUGAUUCGUCACCAUGCGCCAACAAUGCUUCCUGCCAGGAUCUCCUCGGAGGAUUCAAAUGCCAGUGUGAACCUGGUUACACUGGCGAGCUCUGCGAUACUGAUAUCGAUGAUUGUCUUAUUUCCCCUUGUCAGAAUGGAGCUACUUGCCGAGACGGCAUCAAUAACUACGAAUGUGUGUGUACUCUGGGAUACCAAGGGGAUAACUGUCAAGAGAAUAUUGAUGACUGUGCAAGCAAUUCUUGUCAGAACGGAGGCCAAUGCCUCGACGGUAUUGGCAGCUAUCUCUGUAUUUGUCCAAAGGGAUUUACUGGUAGUAUUUGUGAGAUAGACAUUAACGAAUGUGUGACAGCAGACUGCAAAAACAACGCUACUUGUAUUGACGAGAUAGACGGAUACUUUUGCCAGUGCGAGAAAGGAUUUUCUGGAAAGACGUGCGAGAUCGAAAUUGACGAGUGUUUCUCCAAUCCAUGCAAGAACCAAGCGCAAUGCAUGGAUAUGAUUAAUGGGUAUACAUGUGACUGUCAAGAUGGUUUCGAUGGUUUACAUUGUGAGAACAACAUCGACGACUGUGCUUCAAUUCCUUGCUCAAACAAUGGCAUCUGUCGCGAUGGUAUUAACAAUUUCACCUGCGUAUGUCCGUCUGGUUUUACGGGUGCGCUGUGCAACGUGGACAUUGACUAUUGCACCUCCAAGCCUUGCUAUAAUAACGGUUCAUGUUUUGAUGACAACACGUCUUUUAAGUGCCAGUGUCCCGAUGGUUUUGAAGGGGAGCACUGCGAAAUCAAUGUGGACGAUUGCAAAAAUUCUACCUGCAUGAACAACAGCACUUGCAUUGACGGCAUAGAUGAGUAUGAAUGCGCAUGUUCUGAAGGUUUCGCUGGCAUCAGCUGCAAAAUAAAUAUUGAUGACUGUGCGGGAAACCCAUGCGUCAACGAAGGAACAUGCACAGACCUGAGAAACGACUACCAAUGCAACUGCAAGUUGGGUUACACAGGGAAAAACUGCAGUGUGGACAUCGACGAAUGCACAAGUUCUCCUUGUAACAACAAUGCUACGUGCAUCGACCAGGUGCAUAGUUACACCUGCCUCUGUAAUGUUGGAUUCAGUGGAUCCCAUUGUGAAGUUGAUGUGGACGAGUGUGGAGCAAACUAUUGUAGUAAUGGAUCCACCUGUAUAGACGAAGUAAACGGCUAUAGCUGUAAAUGUGCCCCAGGCUUCUCUGGUGACGAUUGUAGCACGGAGAUUGACGAAUGUGCAUCUUUUCCAUGUGACUAUGGUGGGACAUGUUAUGAUCAGGUACUUCACGACACAUUAUAUGACUUGGUUCCGUUGAGCUAUACAUAUACGAAUUCAAUACGAUCUCCGGACACAGCAUCAUACAAUACACACAAAAAUAACAUAGGAUACGUAGUAAAUUCACAAUUUUUUUUCACCGUGGAAAGAUUUUCCCCGUGGUUAAGUAACCGCUGUUCUUUAUCUUGAUCAGUUAAUGGAAAUCAGUAAUCUUUUAUCAAAUUAAUGUUUAAAGGUUUGAAUUUUAUACUUCUCAGGUUAAUGGCUUCCUAUGUUUCUGCAAACCUGGAUUUACAGGCCAUCGGUGUAAUGUGAAUAUAGAUGAAUGCGUCUCCAGUCCAUGUCAAAACAAUGGCACGUGCAUGGAUCGUGUGGCAAACUUCUCUUGCCAGUGUCCAGUAGGAUUUAAUGGAUCCCAGUGUGAAAACGCCAUUGACUAUUGUUCCGAUUCGGGUAAUUGCACUGUAAAUGAGCAAUGUGUAAAUUCUCGAACAGAUUUCUAUUGCAACUGCAGUAGUGGGUAUUUCGGGAAAUACUGCGAGUUUGAAAUCGACGAAUGCUUAGCAAAACCCUGUUUCAACAACGCUACCUGCCGUGACGCCAUUGGUGACUUCUCUUGCUCCUGUUUAGACGGAUACACAGGGAAGCUCUGUGAACUGAACAUUGAUGAUUGUAGGAACAAUUCUUGUCAGAACAACGCGACUUGUGUUGACCGUACCCUUGGGUAUUCCUGUCUCUGUGCCGAAGGUUACAAUGGGACCCACUGCCAAACAGAAAUCAAUGAAUGCGAAUCCAAUCCAUGUUUAAACAAUGGCUCAUGCAUUGACCUGACUCCUGGGUACAAGUGCGACUGCUUUGACAAAUUCAUUGGGGAAAACUGUGAAAACUUGACGGAUCUCUGUUUAUCUGCGCCUUGUCGAAAUGGAGGUAGAUGCAAAACUGAAAGCGCUGGGGAAUACUUCUCCUGUACGUGUCCAGCUGGUUUUACAGGAAAAACUUGCGAAGUUAACAUCGAUGACUGCGUUUCGAGUCCUUGUAUGCCAAACUCCUAUUGUCAAGACCAGGUUAACGGGUAUGCAUGUGAAUGCUUCCCUUCUUUCAUGGGAGAUCGCUGUGAUAUCUGUGAGUAUCAAUCAUCGGUAUACUGUUUUAUAAGACGAUUAAUGCAGAAACAUCAAGGUAAAGCAAACCAAAAGAACUAAUAGCAACUUUGCAUGGAGGCAGGGGGGUAGCAAUUCUGAAAAAAAGAGAAAGGUUUUAUUCGAAAUAAAAUCAAAACUCAUGCGUAGUGCCAUACGAAACAUCAACUUGGGGUGUACAGAACAUGUAACUUUCUCUCCGCUGCCGAAUAGUUACAACGGAAAACAUCAUUUGUUAAGUUCAUCAAAACAGGAUUUAAAGGGUUAAAACGUAGAACCCUUCCCCGGGUGACAGUUAUUCCAUCCAGGUUGACGUUUAAUAGAUCGAACGUGUUUCAAUAAACGUGAAGAAAUCUCUCCUCUUAAUUAGUUUUCAAACAUAUAUGUCUUAUUCUCAAACCGAGCUUUACGUUUCAGUUCUGGGCAGCAACUUUGAUCUGAAAUUUGCGCGGAAAAGUAAGGACGACAUGGUCCUUCUGUCAGACGGUAAAAGUAUUCCCAGCAUGAGGUCGUUUACAAUCGCCCUUUUUGUCCGUGUGGACUCAAGAUUCCAGUCAGGGACAUUGUUUAGUUAUAGUGUUCCCCAGCAGUCGCAGGACAUCAUAGUACUAUCGUUUACAGAGUCUGAAAUCCUCCUGGAAAUCAAAGAUAAAGUAAUAAAGACGAGUUUCAGGCUGCUGGAUGAUCGUUGGCAUUAUGUGGGAGUUGUUUGGAAUGGAAUCACUGGAGAUACUUUCGUGUACGUGGAUGGACCAGAGAGAGAACAUUCCAAGGAUGUAAACACCGGAAGUAUUAUAAUGGGAGGUGGUUGGAUCGUACUGGGGCAGCGAUAUCUCGCAGAUGGACAGAAUCCGACUGAAUCGACGGCUUUCCUGGGAACUCUGCACCAAGUUAGCCUAUGGGAUGUGCCAGCAUCAGCAGACCACAUGUGGAAUGCCGCACACAACUGCACCUGGCCCAUUGCAGGAAGUGUGCGAGCAUGGAGCAGCUUCUUGCUUGGGAUAAAAGGAGAAGUAGAGAAGAGGUUUAUGACGCAAUGUAAAGGUAUGCAGUCUGCUAAACAUUCAAUAUUUUCUAGAGACGCUUUUGUACGCAAAGCUCUGGAUCCCGAGGCCAAAGUUCGAUACUGGACCGGAGUUAAUGUUUUUCUUGAGUAAGGCUCCUCCUUCUCUUCAGGAAAACCUGAUGAAAUGCAAGGGGAAAUGGCUCACGUUAUUAACUCAGUAGAUAAUGCUAAAAUACUAAAUACCUUAUGCUGUUUACUAAAUUAUUAAAGAAUGACUUUGCAAAGCAAAAGUUGACAAGAAAUGGUAGGAGCAGACUAACUUGGUACUAGUUGUUAGAAAAAAGGUUAUUAGACCAAGUCUAAACGUUUGUCUCGAGCUUAGUAAGCUAAAUACCUACUCCUGUCCAAACACAGACAAGCUAACACUCUAACACGGAAAAUAUAUUUAUGGAAUCUGAAUUUGAAGCUUCUGUCCGUAAAAAGUUAUAGUCGUCUGCUCCUAGGAAUUCAUUCUAAACUUAAUUUUCUCUUUACUGCGAAUUCGAGAGUCAAAGAUUGCUCUAACAGCUCUACAAGUCAGGUGGGCUUGCAGGGUUGAUUUCAGAAUUCUAUCAUUUUAGUCUGCAGCUGAAUAACUGGUUCAUCGCGAUGAUUUCUGUAACCUCUAUUUUUAUUUAAUCAUUUCUCUUUAAUUAUCGCGGAUGAGAUUUUUAUUCAAACUUUUUUUAGGAUCAACCUAUCGGUUGAAAUCGUUUAUUUUCUUUCUUCUUUACCGGUAGCUUUGGACGAUUGCACAACAAAUUGCUCCCACUUUCUCCAUUGUGAGGCUCGUGAAGCACGUUACCACUGCGAGUGUCAGCCUGGGUUUUCAGGUCCAAACUGCAAUAUCGACAUCGAUGAUUGCAGUUCCAAUCCCUGCGUCAAUGGAAAGUGUGUAGAUGGUGUAAACCGAUACGACUGUGAAUGCGAUAACGGGUAUUAUGGCACUGACUGCAAGCAGAAAAUCAUCGAGGAAAAAGGUGAAUAUGCUCUCAAAGACACGAAACUGAACAGGUUUUCCGAAGUGAUUGUAGAAUAAAGAGUCGAUAAGAUCUUUUAGUCCGUUGAAUAAAGAUUAACAGUAUAUUCUAGACUAGAAUUUACACUAAAAUGGUUAAUGAAGGUAAAUAUUUGUCUUUUGACGUAUCUAUGCUGAUAUUGUUCUGAAGUUUCACUAACACCAAACUUGCAGUAAGUGCAUUUGAUAAAGAAUUGCUGUUAAAUGACUAGUGCUUCUGGUCAAACUAUUUGAGCCCUACACAUUCCGCACAUUUCUAAGGAAAUAUAAACUUUAAAACAAAUUUCGCCCUUUUUCGUAGUUUGCCCAAAACUGGAGAAACCCAGGAAUGGUCAAACGAAGUGUCGAAAGCUAUCUGGAAAACUAUUGUGUAUCAUGUCUUGUGAUGAAGGACACGCAUUUAAUUCCGGGGCAAUUACAAUGUAUGGCUGUGGGCCAGAUACAGAAUGGAAAUGGAAUGGAAAAGAUGAUCUUGGGAUACCCUCUUGCACAAGUAAGAAAAGCGUUCUUUAAACUGUUUUUUAGAGUCAUGUGUUAUCUACAUUUGCGCUGAAAUUCUUUUCUUGGUUAAGACCUAUCUAAUACCGAGAAAGCAAUUCCUUCAUUUCAUCAAACAAACAAGCUUCUAAUUUAUCUGACUAACUUGUUUGGCUGUUGCUAAUGAGCAAGCGAAUUCAGAUUAGGAAAAUAUCCAAGAGUCAGAUAAAUAAUUCUCUAAUUUGUUUUAACGAUGACUACAGUCGAGAAAAUAUAAACUAUAAACAAUAAUAACGGUGAUAAUAAUAAUAAUGAAUUAAUAUCUUGUUAUAGUAAUGAUGAUUUGACAUGGCAAGGUAGCAUGUUUAUUGUGGUUUGCGUCUGAUAAAAUGAAUAAGACUUUCACAGAAAAUGAACUCAACGUUUUUCAUUGCGAAUUGCAAGAGAUGAGUUAACGAAUCGAUAUUCGACUCACUCCAACAACAUCACUUUUUUUUCCUUUUACCAUUUUCACACAGGUGAAGCUGCUCCCAAGGAAAUAGAACAUCACUUUUCUGUAAGGUUUAGUGGGAUUAAUUGUGGGAACAUAAAAACCCACAAGGAUUUACUGAAAGCUGUUAAAAAAGCUGUCAAUGAAACGCUUUCAACAAUCUCAGGAUGCCACGCUUGCCAAUUGACAAAGCUUACCGUUCCUGGAUGUGAAUUGGCGGAGGAGAAGAGAAAAAGGCGAGCAGUCAGCCAUGCAAUGGAGGUUCUCUUCUCAUUGAUGGUGAGAGAAGCUCUUGGUAGUAACUCAUUGAGCGAAGAUGUUCAAGAGAAGAGUGAAGCGGUCCUGUUUCAGAUGAAGUAUGCUGUUGCCACAGGACAAUUCAGGAUAAACGUGAAUGGAAUGAACACUACCGCUGAGAGAUCUUCACUACACCAUCUUUCCUCUAGUGUCACUUGCAGUGCAGGAUAUGUUACAAGCAGCAAUGGAAAAAGAUGUGGUAAGUGUUACAUCUGCUUUGGUUAUGUCACUUUUUAGAUUAACUGGAUUAAAAAACGUACUGGUUAAGGAACUCGUGCUAUCCUCUCAACCAAUCAGUAUUGACGCCUAAACGUAAUCGUUACUUUAAGAGGCUGCGCUUUCCUUCGCUGGUGACCAGCCUCUUUAGUUAAUUUCAUCCCUCGCUAGCUGUUUUACUCUUAUUGGCUGUGAUGUUUUCCUUGUGAUAGCACUCUGCUGCGUGAAUAUUUCGGAGGACUUUGCGAAUUCUUGGCUAUUCUUUUGAUUUUCAACAGUGGCAUGCCCAGUGGGAACGUAUUACGAUAAAAACGGCUUCAACUGUACGUUGUGUGGUAAAGGUAGUUAUCAGGACAAGGAAGGUCAGAACAGUUGCGAAAAGUGUGACCAAGGAAAAUCAACGGAUACUAAUGGAGCUGCUUCGAGUGAAGACUGUGUUAGAGGUAUGACCAGCUAA